AUGCCACGGAAGAGCGCAGAGUCCCCCCUCGCGGGGACGCGAACGAGAGAGCGACUCGGAAAAACCCAGGCGAACUCUCGGCUCGGAGAGAGAGGACGUUGCCGCCUAUUGACGAGGCUGCUCCGCUGUCGAUGCACGGGCGACGACGACCCCGUCGACGGGACGUCGCCACCAUCGCCACCGAGUGUCCCUGCCAGCGCAAAAGCUCGCGUGGCCGACGCCGAGGGCGGUUUGACCGGCGGCGCCACGGCGGCCGAGGCUGCCGGAGCCGUUCGGCGGCACGCCGAGAAGCGCGCCGCGGGAACGACCGCCGCGCCGGGAGGCGCCGACGCCGGUGAAGACCGCGAGGGCGACCGGCGGGUUCCGACGCGGCCGGAAUCCGGUGGUGGAGGCGGCGCGCGCGCCGAGUGGCGCAAGAGGGCGGCCAGUUUCUCCGGCAGCCUGACGCUGUCCCCGCAGCCCGGCGGGCGCGGCGGCCUCGGAAGGAGGAAGAAGAAGCUCGCGGCUUUGGCCUCGCUGCCCAACGUGGAGACGCGUCGGAUGGAGGUGAGCGUGAGCAGCGAGGAGGAGAUGGCCGGAAUUGAGAACCUUGCGUGUGGCGCCGGCGGCGAUGACGGCGAGACUGUGGCAGCAGCUGGCGGCGGCCUCUCCAUGCCGACGAUAAACUUCAUCCCUGCCAGCCCGUCGGACGUCCUGGAAGACGACCAAUUCUUCGAGAUCAACUCGGAGGAAGAGGAGGAGCGGGCCGCGAGCCCUCCGCCGUCGUCGGACAGCGACUGCGUGGACAGCUCGGGGAGCCACGCCACGGUGGAGCGAGAGAACGCGACGGGGAACGCCGGCGACGCGAAGAACUCGGAGGCGUCGCUUGCCCUGCCCGCGACGGACACGGCCAAGGAAUUCCAGGGGGCCGUGGCGCGAGAGGGCGCGGAGGAGACGGCGGAGGAAGCCGAGGUGCCGGGCGGCGAUCGGCACGGGCUGGUCGACGCCGUUGAGGAUGCCACCGCUGCCGCCACCGCCGCCACCAAGAAGAGGAAAAGCUUCCGGCUGAAUUCGGAGAUCACCAAUGCGCAGCUGAACGCGUUUCCGCAAACUCACCCAAGAAAAGGAAGUUUUAACGAAGGCAUCAACCUACUGCAGUUCACGGAACAGAAUAUCGAUGAAUUGAAUACAAAAGAGUGUGACAUGAGAGACCGGUUGGUUCAAGAGAUGCAAAAGCUGCACCUGCAAUCGGACUCUCUGAACAAGACAGCAGCGGUCGGCGGAGUGGAGGGGAGCAGCAGCAGCAGGAGGAGGAGGAAGGCGCUGGAGGAGAUGGAGAGCGAUGGCGCCUGUGCGUGGCUUCAGGCGAUGGGCAUGGAGAGGCUGGGAAUCGUCGUUAGAGGCGAGCGGCUCGCCGGGCGCCACCUGGCCUCCAUGGACCCCGAGACGCUCGAGUCGCUGCGGCUGCGUUCGUGGGCCGAGCGCGAGCGGCUCCUCUCGGCCCUCUACAGCGAGACGCACUCACGGGAGGCGCGCGCCGUCGACUCGCUCCUCCAGUCCCUGAGCGGCGCGGACCUGCAAACGUUCACCGCCGCCAUCGCGGGUCUCGGCCAGCCCGGGGAGAGGCCCGGGGAGAGGCCCGCGGAGGAAGAGAGGCCGAGGAGGAGCCGCCACCCCUCGCAGGGUGACAGAGUCUCCGAUCUGCGCGGAGACCUCGCCCGGAUCCGGGCGGCCAUCGCCCAGAAGGAGGAGGACAUCGCCCGUCUGCCGAUGCUGCCUCCCGAAACCGAUAGCCUGCAGGUGGAGGAGCGCGAGAUGUGGCUCCUGCAGGGCGAGAUGGAGCUGCUCGAUCUCAAGAAGGAGCUUCUCGGGGUUCGCUCGGCUCUGCAGCUCCGCAGGAUCGCGGAGGCGGCCCUGUCUGCGGGCUCCCGGAGCCACGUGACCGCCUCGUGCUUGGAGCGUGAAUGGGCGGCUGCCAGCCGCGCCGGAGAGACCAUCACAGUGACACUCUAAGUCACGGCUGGGGUGGGUUGGGGGGUUGUGUUUUUUUCCCGAGGAGGACUUUCAAUGACACCUUAGAGUCAUCGAGUCUUUUUCUUCUUCUUCUUUAUAUGGCUGCUGAUGUAGAUGUAGAGCAACAGCUACAAUUUCACAUUCAGGUGGUUAGGCCGUAAUAACUGCGUCUGGAGCAGCGGGGUGUAUCGCCGUAAUGAAAGUGUAGUGACAUAGAAUGGGUCACUACGGCGCCUCGCGCCAGUGACUGAUAGAGAGGGAAACUGGGAGUGUAGUAGCCCUCUCUGCCAGUGGGGCAUUGCAAUGUCAUGGAACGGGUUCCUAGGGGGCAUAGUGCUGGUGGCUGGCAGAGAGGGGGCAUCUGAGGACGGAGCAGCCCGGUUGGCUGGCAAGGGCAUGUGAUAGGCCAGGGUAAGGAUGUGGGCCAAAAGUGACAGAAGGAACACGUGGGGUAUGGCCCAGAACCUUCUGGUAGGUUCCAGAAGGGGGCGUGGCUGAGGGCGGAGCCAGGCCACGCUGGGGGGCAUAAAAGGGAGGUCCCGAGGCUGGGUCGGGGCUGUCUACUGGAAUGGAGUCCUCCGUGCUGCGUCUUCCCCUGGGUCUUCGGUCUUUGUGCUCGGCAUCGUGGGUCAGGCAGUGUGCCGACUGUCCUGACCCAGUUUAUGUCGUUAUCCCGUUGUGGUCCAUAGAAUAAACGUGUUGCCUCCUGA